GAAGCAUACAAGAGGCAGGACACUGAGUUGUUGAAGAGAUAAUACCUCACUGGCACCUCCACACACACACGAGUCGCUCUGUUUACAAACAUAACGGAAAGUUUUGGUGUGUUGAACGGCGUAAUUGUAAUAAUAUAAGAUUUCCAGGUGCUCCCCCAUCCUCCUAACACAGUACUGCAGCGCAUGGACGAGAGGAGUAACACCGCUUCCUCCCGCCAGUCAUAUCAUGGACAUUGUGUUGUAGACGUCGCCUUAUACAGCCAUGGCGAACACCACCAUGAACGGCCACCAAAGCCCUAGCAAGAGGGUGUACAAGGUGGUGUUGACGGGCGGUCCAUGUGGAGGGAAGACCACCGGGCAGUCCAGACUCUGUACCUUUUUUGAGAACCUCGGCUGGAAGGUGUACCGUGUGCCUGAGACUGCCACAGUCCUGCUGAGUGGAGGCAUCAAGUUUGGUGAUCUGUCAGAUAGAUGCAAGACACAAAGAAAAUGUUUGUAUAUUACAGAGACCAAAGGUGAAGGUGAUGAGAUGAUUGCUGUUCUUCUAAUAAUAUACUAUUUGCUUGCAGCUGUUGUCUUUCAAGAGAACCUCCUCAGAUCAAUGAUGCAGAUUGAGAACACUUUUUUCAGUCUGGCAGAAACAUGCAGGAAAAACUGUCUGGUUAUCUGUGAUCGUGGCACCAUGGAUGCUUCAGCAUAUGGCAUCAGUGAGGAAAGGACAUGCCAGGCAGAGUUCCUCAAUUAUGGCUUCACAAAAUUGAGAACAAAAGGAAAAAUGAAGCCACAAUGUAUGCGUCUGUUUGAAAUGGGAAGAUUACUUAUUGCUGUGUCUGUUGAUGGAGCUCCAGCCAUGUUGGGUCAUGUCAGUGGCUGUGGCUUUGGCCAAGAGCAGAAUCCAAAAUUGAGGUUUCCCUCCGCAUUACUUACUCCUUCAUAUUUAUUUGUUCACAUAUUUUUUAUAACUUCGUCCCGUAAUACAAUCUUUUUUCCUUUUUCUUUUUUUUUCUUUUUUGCUUGCAUCACGGCACCGCAAUGUCGGAGUGAGAACCUGGGACUAGCCCGCCAGCUAGACAACCUUGCUGAGGCUUGGGUUGGUCACCCGUAUUUUGAUGUCAUUGAUAAUUCCACAGAGUUUGAUACUAAGGUUGAUCGACGCAUGAUCAGUGUAGUGUGUCAGAAGUUGCACGUAACAUGCGCUUACAGCCACCAACGCCUAAAGCUCAAGUUCCUGGUCAAAGGGCCUCUUCCUGCAGAUGCUAUCUUCCCCAAUUUCCAGGACUUCAAUGUCGAGCACAUUUAUCUCCGCAUUUAACUCAAAUGCAAGAUGCAGGCUCGGCUCAGAAAGCGUGGCAAGAAUGGUCACCACAGCUAUACACAUACCCUCCGCAAGCCUGAGCAGUUGGGACAGAUUGUGGAGGUAAAGACACCCAUCAGCCAACGUGACUGGACCAACAUGUCAGCUCAGGCUGACGAACACCACUUGAAAAUAUACAAGAAACGACGGUGCUUCCUCCACAACAACCAGUACUUUCAGUUGGACUUAUAUCAGCAGCCAUGUCACCAAAGGUGUGAAGGUCUCAUCCUCCUGGAGACAUAUUCCACACUUCAUACUGAGGAGUUGCAGCGUCUGCCCUCAUUCCUAACGAUAGAAUCUGAAGUAACUGGAAGACCUGAUUACUCCAUGUUUAACCUGAGCUUACGUGACGAGGUGGGUGUUACCAACAAAUUCUGUGUCAACAUCGCAGGUUAGACCGGGAGGACUAGCACUGUUUCCCUGACCAGUGUUGUGCAAUAGAUCCACCUAUCAGCCAUCUUGCAGGCUUGUUGUCCAUGCUUGUGGGUUCAUGUAGCCUUGGAAGGUUGUUCAGAUACCCUAGAGUUAUACUCAAAAAUAUGAAUGACUAAGACUGUUCUGUUGAGGCUAGGAAAACUAACCAAUAACUUUUGUUGAUUGAACUUAAAUUUUUGGAAUUAAAGUGAAAGAUAUGAAGGAAUGCCAUUUUGAAAAUCAUUUAUUUUACAAAUUGUCAGAAUGAUUGAAGUAAGCAAGUCUUUGAAGUUAAAAGUUUUUGAAUUGAGUUGUCAUUAAAUAUUUAUAUUGUAUUAACUAACACUAGUCAUAUUUUUAUUUUAUUUGUCAUCAUAGGAGAAGCUUAGCAAGUGGAUAAAUAUUAAAAUGUUCCUGAUAAUUAUCACAAUGACAUUACUUUUAUAAUGUUAACUAAUUCCACUUUGGCUUGAAUGUACUGUAAUAUGGAACGUUUAAGUUUUCAAGAAAGCUGUGGGAAAAACUUUUGAAAAUAUUUUGAAGUUUGGUGUUGAUAUUGUGGAGAGUAAGUAUGUAUGUAAGACUAAACUUGUACAUCUAACAUUGUUGUUGGUUUAUCAGUAACUCGGGUGAUGGUCAUGUCUUGGCAGUUGUGCCUUUACUAUCUUGAGAUUUUCUCAAAUAAUGCAAUAAUGUUUAUAUACUCAUAAUACUGUUCCUAACUCAAAAUUUAUUUUUCCUCAAGUUUAUUGAUUAUGUAGAGAUACAACUGCCAAAACACUACUGGGAUUUUUCAUGUACUACUAGUGCUUGAUCUUUUGAGUACUGUCAAGUGCAGAGUGGUGGUGCCUCCUACCCUAGCACGGUGCUGGACAUAUUAACUUCGCUUUUAAGAGUGGCGGCUGCACUCCCUCCUAACAUGGUGCUUCACCUCGUUGAUCUCAUUACUGCACUCAUCACUUGAGACUUGUUGUUGAUCUUGUAAGUAGCAUCUUGUAAAUACUUUGGUAUUGCUUGCUAAUACUAAGCGGGGUAGUGUAGUGUCGGCACCACGGACUCGUGCUUGGUGUUUGAUUUGAUUGGUAAUUAGUGGUGGAGAAUGCCAGUGGCAGCCAGGCCUGAAGUUCAGUUCAUUAACUGACAAAACUUUCCUGAGAUUAGUGAAGACACCAGUGAUAUGUGAUGUGCAUGGUAUAAUUGGAGAUUCCUCCAUAGAAGUUUGAAAAUUUAUUUUAAGUAAGUUGUCCUGCUAAACAUUACCAUGGGAUAAAAUACCAUUGAACAUUGUCAGUUUUUUCUCUCAACAUCUCAUCACAAUGUCAUAGGCUUUAUAUUCCACUAUAUUUGUACUCCAAAAUAGGUACCAGUCGUUAUAUUAUUGUAAAUAUUCAAUGAGUGUACAACAUGUGUCAUUAAACUUUUAGUUAUGAUA